GGUACAGAAAACUCAGUGAGUGAUAACUACAUCAUGCACACACAACAAAUCAUUCAAAAAAGGUUACAUACAUCAUUCUGUUAUAUACUCUAAAGCAUCAAGGUAAAGAACUUUUUUAUACCAGUAAUACCCUUGUCACCUAAUCCACAAUCUUUGGGCGUAUGGAUGAAAGAUCAGCCAUAUUUAAGAUCGACAGAGAGUUGCACGUAUUUUUCAACUGAAAACCGCCCGUGUCACAUACAAGCCAUACAUUGUACCUUGUACAAUUGUUGUGCAAUAAAGUUAUUAUUGUAAGCGAGGCUCGGGAGAUUGCAGCAGAAUCGUCGUCCGAUCGAUUUUCGCCAAAUGUGAUGGGCAUAAGAAGCAUAUUGGGCAUAUGGCAUCGAAAUCAGAUGCUGGGCAGUGUGUUCUAAUCAGGCUUAACAAUGCAGGGAGUAUCCUAAGGUUAUAGAACACAUGUAACUUGUGCCAGACAUGGUUACAUUCAUGUGUUUAUAGGGUUUUGUUUAUGUGCUGUUGGUCUAUUAGUUUGUUAUAGCAAAUCAACUUUGGCCUGGGAUAAACAACAAGUCAACAUACUGAAGGCUAUAUAUAGUGCCUUUGUUAUGACGUCAGGCUGAAAUAGCCAGAGGCACCAGUGUUGUUGUUUGAGUUGGUUUAAGGGAUACAAUACUGUGCAGCUGUAUUUACUUUCAAUGAUACUUGCAGUAAUGUACCAUAUGGUUAUGAUAAUGUAUUACAGUAACAAAUUCAGUCUUGGUUUUAUAAACAACAACAUCUUUCAAACAGUUGUGUGAGACAAUAGUUUGACGUCUGACUUCUAGAUAUGGCAUAGAUAAAAUAAAUUACAGACAAUGAUGCUAACUUUGGUAUUCAACACCCUUUUGCUUCAUGUGAAUUCACCCCACGCAUUGGGUGAUACUGAGUGAUAGCUAUUCUAUCCAAGCUGUCUUCUACGCCAUGCCUCGUGCCGAAAAUAUGAGAAAAGAAUAGAAUCACCAUCUGUGGAUGAAGAACACUUGCCAUUUUCAGACUCAAAGUUUUGCUGAGUAUAUGCUGUUGGAGGUCAUGGUGGAUCAAUGCAGGGUCACCAGUUAUGACUGUUUUCAACUGGGUGGAUCCCUUCAUUCUCUAAAAAUAAUUAUUGAAAGCCUGAAAGGCAGGUCACAUUUCCGGUCACCAAGAAGCUGUAAGUUUGAUUUUUCAUUUUUGACUCCUCUUCAUUGCUGUCAUUGAUAAGAUACAGCUGUUUAUGAUGUCAAUUCUUUACUGUUACAGAAUAGAGGAAACAUCAGCUAUGCUCUUGAGAAAAGCGUUUUCCGGUGGACUUGUGGUGGGAGGUACCAUGUUGUCACUUCUACUAAUCAUGGUUCACCAAUUAUAUCAGCCAAGUACAUUCUCUCAAGGCUACACAUCGACACAGCCUGAUACUCUACAGGCUGGCGUAAGCAACAUGAUCCACAGAGAGGAACAACAGUUGAGAAUGAGUACAAGACAGGAGGAGGUCACUACCUCCAGGUUUUGUAUCCCACAAAAGAAAUUUGUCUUCAUAAAGACCCACAAGACAGGCACAUGCACUACCAUUAACAUCUUCCAGAGGUAUGCAAUCUAUAACAAACUGGAGGUGCUGAUGCCUGUGAGCCAAGGUCCACUCAGUUGGCCGUUCCCUCCUGAAGAAGCGGACUACAUCCAUACCCCUGAUGGGACAUACGAUGCACUGAUGCACCAUUUUGUGUACAACAAAACAUGGCUCCUAACAAAGUUUCCACCUGAAACACCUUACAUAUCUAUCAUUAGAGACCCUUUCCAUCAUCUGAAGUCCCAGAUGAAUUACUACCACCUUCCCAUGAUCCUAGGCAUUGAGGAUUCUAAAGAUGCUGUAAAAACCUUCCUGAAAGACCCCUGGAGGUAUAGGAACAAGUCUGAAGUUUUUUUCGACCACGUAAAUGUGACUUGGGACGGUACCAGAAACCCCUUGAGCUUUGACCUGGGGUGGCCAGCUGAAAAGGCAGACAAAGAGGAAGAAGCUAGCAUCUACAUCACUCAACUGGACAAAGAGUUUACCCUUGUGAUGAUAUUAGAGCACUUGGAUGAAUCAGUUGUUAUGCUGAGGCGUUUGAUGUGCUGGGAGAUUAGGGACGUUGUCUAUUUCUUGAGAAUUGAAAAUAAGCGCUACUACGCUUUCAAGAGGUAUGAAGCAACACCAGAAGAACUGGAUAAUCACCGUCGUUGGAGUGCAGUGGAUUACAUGUUGUAUGACACUUUCAACAAGUCGCUUUGGAGAAAGAUUGCUGCUCAGGGUCCAGACUUUUUUGAUGAGCUCCAAUACUUUAGACGCAUCAGGGUGGAAGUGAGUCAUCAUUGCACGGAAAUGAUGAAUACACACAAAAAUGAAACACUGACUGUCAAAGAAUCCAGAUGGAGUCCUGAGUUUGACGUGGACUACACAUACUGUUCAUACAUAUACUCAAAAAGGGUUCGCAGACUUGAUGAAGUGAUGCGGGGGUACAGAAUUACCAGAAAGGAAUUAGACCACAGUGUCAUGGACACGGUUAUCAACGUAUUGCUCAAACACAAAGGAUUUCCCACGUUCAAAAACAUACAAGAUGCCCAUGCAGCUGGUAUUGUAGGUAUGCAUACUCAUAAGAUACGUGCUGUGGGUAAGUACCAGUACAGAUGAUUCGGGUACAGGUCCGGAUCAGGUCAAGAGGAUUAGGUCCAGCCCUGGAUCUGCACCUGAUUGUUUGUUACAACUUGCGUCCUCAACUCUGGAUCUUUGACAUGUGUCUAUGAAAACUGAAAAUUUCGAGGUGGACUAAAAAUGUGGUCAUCUUGAGACCAAGUUUAAGCUCUUGUUAUUUAAUUGGACCGGUAAGACACUGAACAUGUGAACGCCUGCCAAUCUGUUCAUUUUCUAAUCGGUCAAAAAUCUGGUCCACUGAAUUUUCCAGGUCCAGUGUUUGCAGACUGGUUCAACAAGAAAAAAAUGGUUUGGUACCGGUACCCACCCCUAAUACGCACUAUUCAAAAACUGAAUAAAGACAUGGGCAAGUGUAUUUC